CGGAGGCGAUCUCGCGCCCCCGAGUCUCCGGCGCUCAGCGACCGCCGCCCUCGGCGACCAUGUCGCGCGGGAUUUAUUUUCUCUCGCGCAGUCGCAGGCCUCGGCGUUGCUGGUGCUUGUGGGUCACGCGGGCCUGAGCGCGCUUCGCGCCAUUCAGGUCUUCGGCAUCGGCGUCGUCAGCGCGGCGAUGGCCGCGAUGGGGGCCGCGUGCGAGGCUAGAUGCCAGUCAGGAAGUUCGACCGCGCGGCUUCGGGGCCGCAGUCCCCGUCGGAGCGGCAGAUCGUCUCCAGCCUCGGGGAUGCAGAUGGCGCGAUCGAGGCGUCGGGCGUCGCUCCGUCUGCCCGAGGCCGCCGGGGCCCAUGGCCGAGAGGAGUUCGUUUCCAGUGAGCUCGAGUAUGGAGUUCAGGGGCGGGCUUGA